AUGGGCGCCGAGCAGGACUUUCGGUCCUUGCGGGGGUUAGCUCCGCUCCCUGACCUCAUGAACGACCCAGCGUAUGCGACGAACGCAGACAGCAAAGGCAAAGGCGUCGACGAACCAGAUACGUGCCGAAUAUGUCGCGGUGAAGGGUCAGAGGAGGAACAGCUAUUUUAUCCCUGCAAGUGUAGUGGAAGUAUAAAGUUUGUCCAUCAAAGCUGCUUGAUGGAAUGGCUCUCGCAUUCGCAGAAGAAAUAUUGUGAACUGUGCAAAACGCCAUUCCGAUUUACCAAGCUCUACGACCCUGGAAUGCCAUCGAAGCUCCCGGCCCCAAUAUUCGUCAGAGAGCUCGCGAUACAUGGACUCCGCUCUCUAGUUACGUGGCUGCGACUUGUCUUGGUCGCUUUCGUUUGGCUUGGGUGGUUGCCGUGGUCUAUGCGUGCGAUAUGGCGGGCUCUGUUCUGGCUAGCGGAUGGGCGAUGGCCUAAUCCUAACUUUGUGCAAGCAUCGUUACCUGCAGCAAAUCAGUCCGACAUGCAGACGUCAAGUGUUAUUGACCAGACGCUGUCCAGUGAUACCGCAGCAUCUUCCGCCACCCAGGCAGUAUCUUCGAUUUUGAACAUUUCCAACGAAGAGCCCCUGGGCUUCGCCGUUGCCAAAAGAAUUCUUCUGAAAAUUCUCCUUCCAACUUUGUCAACUUCCACUGGAGGCAACGCUAGCCAAGUUUCGUCUAUUCCUUCUGGCCGCGUGCGUCAGCCCUCUUGGCUAUCAAAUGUUACCCUUCUCAACUCUUUGACGCCAUCGCCGACGGUGAACAAUAUUGUGAUAGAUACCCUGGAAGGACAGUUGAUCACAUUGCUAGUGGUAGUAUCGUUCAUUUUAGUGUUCUUGAUUCGCGAAUGGGUUGUUCAGCAACAGCCGGCAGUCAAUAUUGCCGAGGACGAGCGGGAUGCUGUAGUACGAUUGAUGGCCGAGAAUCGAAACGAAGCUGAGGCUGUACCUCCGGCUGCUGAGGAGGAGCAUGACAUGCCUUUCCUCGACGAUGUAGAUUUUGCUCAAGCCGACCAUGGGCGGGAUGAACACGAUUAUGCCAACAACGAUGACGAGUCUCGAGCUAGCAGUGCACCCUCUUCGCCACGAUCGAUACCUAUUGAUUCUCGCCCCGCCUUUCAAAUGCGAACAAGCUCCCGCCCGACAUUGCGAUCGAGGAAUGCUCUAGAUGAUGCCUCAAAUAUUCGACGAACCAUUGAAGAAACCGUGAGCGAACCAGGCGGUCACACUUGGCCCGGCAUAGACACGUUCAAGGAUUUGUGGCUUCGUGGUGAUGGAAAUCCCGAUGAAAUACUACGCAUUAUUCAAGAGGAAGGUCGAGAAGACGAACUCAGUUGGGUUGUUAAUGCUAUGACGACUCUCAAGCGAGGCAAUGCCACUCGUCGCACAUCUUCAGGCAAUUAUGACUUCCUGGACCGUCACCAGGAAGCAUCUCACGAAGGCUCAUCAUCUGUCAGCAACAGACCGAUUCCUGAACUACCCAACAAUGCUAGUUCGGAGUCUUCAUUUGAAGUUUUGGAAUCUAUGGCACCUCCAGCAACCUUGAACAACGGACCUUCUCAAACAGACAAUUUUGAGCUACCCCGUGAAACGAUCGAUUGGUCAGACGGAGAGGGAGAGAUAACUUAUGAAAGAACCACAGCUACGGAGGUUGCACCGGCACCUUCAGUUCAGGAACCAGCCUUCGAACCUAUUUCUGAGAUUGCUGGUCCUACUGCUCCCGAAAGUGGUGACCGUCAACUUCAGGAAACUACCGUCGCUGCUCCCCGCACGUUUACAAACCGUGUUUUCGAUUGGUUUUGGGGAGAUCUCGAAACCCCUCAAGAGCCAGACACCCAUGUCGAGGAUGUUGAGCAUAUUGUGGUAGACGCUGCGCUCGAGGAACCCUUUGUCCCAUUACCAAACAGGCAAAAUGCGGCGGCUGAUGCGCCCGCUCCGAACCCAUGGCGAGAACCGGCAGCUCCUGAUCCCGAAAAUCGUGAUCCCAACGACGUCGAUGCUGUUGAAGAAGGUGAUGAUUUUGAGGGUAUCUUGGAGUUGAUAGGUAUACAAGGACCAAUAUUCGGCCUUCUACAGAAUGGUGUAUUCUGCGCUCUUUUGAUAUCCUUCACCAUAGCCGUCGGCAUUUGGCUACCGUACCUUUGGGGGAAAAUCGCUCUGGUCUUCUUCACAAGUCCUGUGCGACUCUUGGUCAAAGUUCCUUUGGCAAUGCUCUCUAUUGUAGCGGAUGUGAUUGUCGAUUCUCUUAUUGGCAGCGUUGGAUACGUCCUGUAUCUGGUUAGCUUCAUCACGAGGAACCUUCUACGUCCGGUGGCGGGAUUCGUACCAUUCAUAGAUCGCAUUUCACAGAACUCCUCCAUCACGCAAACAUCGUUGAGCCUCAUCGACGGUAGCAGCCAAAGGCUCAAGAGAGUGCUAGGAGGAUUUUUUGACUUCCAGGAUUCUGACCUGCCUAUGUUCUCAGUGCUUGCUCACCAAGCAUUACGCAUUCAUGAGACCCGCAUUUCAACUAUAUUCCACUUCAUCUUCGAUGGAAUGAAGUUCGUUUUGCAUGACAUACCCAUGAAGCUUCUUUCGGCCGAUUACAGAAAUGGCUUGCUUGUCGCAGUAUCGAGCGUCAACAUGACUACUACUCUACAAGGCGCCAAAAAUGAAUCAAUCAGUCUUGCACAUUCGGUUUUCUCAUCGCUUGGAAAAUCCGAAUUGGACAACGAGACUGCACUUCUCAUCCGCCCUGACUACGAUCUUGCACGGUGGGAUACAAAAGACCGAAUCAUUGCCAUUGUGAUCGGAUAUGUCUUUGCUUCUCUUCUUGGAAUUUUCUACUUGAAGGUGACCGGCUUUUUCAGUGGAGCGAACCGGGAGCAAAGGCCCGAAGGUGUCGUUGCUGAAAUACUGAACCAGGCGGGCGGUGUUAUGAAAGUGAUUCUUAUCAUUGGCAUCGAAAUGCUUGUCUUUCCUCUUUACUCUGGACUGCUCUUGGAUCUGGCUUUGAUGCCAUUGUUUGAGAGAGCUACUUUUGCUUCAAGGGUUGCAUUCACAUUCGCAUCACCACUCACCUCGUUGUUCGUGCAUUGGUUCAUAGGCACUUGCUACAUGUUCCACUUUGCUCUUUUUGUGUCAAUGUGCCGUAAGAUCAUGAGAACCGGCGUACUUUACUUCAUACGUGAUCCCGAUGAUCCAAACUUCCACCCAGUGCGCGAUGUUCUUGAGCGUGACAUCAUCACACAACUACGAAAGAUUGCAUUUUCUGCUUUAGUCUACGGUGGUUUAGUUGUCAUUUGCCUGGGUGCCGUGGUUUGGGGCUUAUCCUACGCCUUUGUCGACGUCCUUCCAAUCCAUUGGUCAUCAAAUACGCCAAUUCUUGAGGUUCCUGUCGACCUACUAUUCUACAACUUCGUCAUGCCUGUCAUCUUGCGAGCAAUUAAACCCUCAGAUGGCCUGCAUAGUAUGUACGAUUGGUGGUUCCACAAGUGUGCUCGGCACUUGCGAUUGUCGCAAUUUCUACUUGGAGAGAGAAACAAGGACGAGGAGGGGCAUCCCAUUCACCGUUCAUGGCGGGAUAUCCUAUUCGGAAACCUAGGUGAUGUAGAAAAUCCCAUCACUGGUGAUGACGACGAAGAAGCCGAGGAGAAAAGAAGCAAAGGCCCACUCUUCCUCCGUGAUGGCAGAUUCGUUCGUGCUCCGGCUUCCGAUCAAGUGCGAAUUCCCAAGGGUACCAAAGUUUUCCUUGAUGUGUCCGAGGAUAAUGAACGUGCGGAUGGCAACAUAGACAGUGACGAGGGACUACAUGGCAAGAAGAGUGAGAUGUUCACUCAAGUCUAUAUUCCGCCUAAUUUCCGACUCCGAAUCUUUAUUUUCAUCUUCUUGAUCUGGGUCUUUGCAGCCGUCACAGGAGUUGGCGUGACCAUCUUUCCAUUGGUCGUAGGCCGCCGGGUACUCUCAUACUUUUUCCCACACGUCGCACGAAUGAACGAUAUUUAUGCGUUUUCAGUCGGCAUGUCCUUGUUAUUGGGCGUGGGAUACACGGUUGCCUAUUUGCGAGCUGGAUAUCAGAAGCUACAAUCCGGACUUCAGCCAAUGCUCUCCAACCCUGGGCAAGUGAUCCGCGAGGUGACAGAAUUCUUACUUCAUGCUAUGCGGCUAGUCUACCUAUCAGCGGCGUUUGUGAUUCUCAUUCCAUCUCUUUGCGCCUUACUUACGGAGCUCUAUGUCCUGGUCCCGGUACAAACCUACACAAACGGCCAACAGGCACAUGUUAUCCACUUCGUGCAAGACUGGGCCCUUGGUGUUCUCUAUGUCCAAAUGGCCUACAUGUUCCUGCAAUGGAGGUCCAAUUCACGAGCUGCAGUUGCGCUCCAAACGAUUGUCAAUGACGGCUGGCUACGGCCUAAUACAGCCCUCGCUACCCGAGCACUUGUUAUACCGGCCUUGAUCUUUACGUUCUUGGCUGUGUCGCUCCCAUUAGGCUUCGGUGUGAUUGCCAAGGCGACAAUGUUCCCAGAACCCACUACGGUCACACAAUCCACAGUCUACCGCUACUCAUACCCCACCACUCUCGCGGCAUGCUUGGUCAUGUAUGCACUCUAUCGACUCCGCAGACAGAUUGAUGUCUGGCGAGCCAACAUUCGUGACGAAGUGUAUCUAAUUGGGGAACGACUUCACAAUUUUGGCGAAAAACGAGCUAGAGAGGUCACGGGCGUCAACCGCCGUGUAAGCACAUCAUAG